UGGUUGUCCACGUGUUUGUUUAGUCUGGAGUCGUGUCGCGAGUUGUAGGUCUUACUCAUGUCGUCUAGUCGUCCGGAACAUCGUGGUCCCCCAGAACUGUUUUAUAACGAAGAUGAGGCAAAGAAGUACACGAACAACUCCCGUAUAAUUGAGGUUCAGUCUCAGAUGUCUGAGCGAGCUGUCGAACUAUUAGCGCUUCCGGAGGAUAGGCCGGCAUUCAUUCUUGAUGUCGGAUGUGGAUCUGGUUUGAGUGGUGAGACUAUUACCGAUCAGGGACACUACUGGGUGGGACUUGAUAUCAGUCGACCGAUGCUGGGGGCAGCACUGGAACGAGAGGUAGAAGGUGAUUUGUUUUUGGCUGAUAUGGGGCAAGGUGUGUUCUUUAAACCGGGAACAUUUGAUGGCGUGAUCAGUGUGUCUGCUCUUCAAUGGUUGUGCAAUGCAGACAAAAAGUCACACAACCCAGCCAGACGACUGUAUCAUUUUUUCAGCACUCUUUAUUCUUCUAUGGCAAGAGGGGCUAGAGCAGUGUUUCAGUUUUAUCCCGAAAAUCCGGCUCAGAUGGAAUUGAUCACAACUCAAGCAAUGAGAGCUGGUUUCACUGGUGGUGUCGUCAUUGACUUUCCUAAUAGCUCGAGAGCUAAGAAAUUCUUUCUUUGUCUUUUUGCUGGUGUGGCUGCCAAGCUCCCGAAGGGACUUGGCACAGAAGCUUCUGACGCUCGUAGAAUAGACUCUGCGAUGUUUACAGAUGACAGAAGGAAAGGGAAGCAAAGGAAUCGACAUCGUGUCCCAAUGAAGAGCCGCCAGUGGAUUAUGGAAAAGAAAGAGAGACGUCGUCGACAAGGCCGAGGAGAAGUACGAGCUGAUAGCAAGUACACGGGCAGGAAAAGAAGACCCGCCUUUUGACCAUCGACCUAAGAAAAAAUUGUUUGAAUAUUAACGUAUUAAUUAAUGAACGAAAGAACGGAUUACACUGAAAUAUUUUGCGGAACCGGUCGACUAUAAAAAUGAUGUAACAUUUCCCUAUUUGUUGAUGCCGUUUACGCAUGCCCACGUAGCAGGCAUUCGACUUAAUUAAUUAUUGGUUGGUACAAUGACAGAAGGAGAGCACUAAUAUUUUUGAACAGUUGUAGUAAAGGAAGACUAUCGAAAUUGAUUAAUCUAUUAAAUUGGGUCA